AUGGACACCAUCAUGAUCGACGCUACGACGGGCGUCGUUGGGGUCAAAACGCUCAUUUGGCACAUCAUGCCCCAGCUGCAUAGCUCUUCGGUGCUGAAAGGCGUGCACCGCGCCUUGGAGGACUCCGGUGCCUCGAUGGACACGACCCUCAUCAACGGACGUUUCACCAAAACAGCCACCGUUGACCUAUGCUGCUCAAUUCUCGAUCGCAUGAAGGGGAAUCAAUGGGAUCAGUGGCGGCAGUCGUCGGGCCUGGUGUUCAAGCGUGCUCUCCGCGAGCGCGUCGCCAGCGUUGUCUCCUCCGGUCAAGUCGAGCAAGCUCACCCACCGGUGCAGCAGGCGGAGGAACAGCAUGUGGAGGGAGUCGGGACGAAGGCAGUCGCCUUGCGUAAGGCGCUUCGGGCCAUGAACAUUCAGGGGUCGGUUCGGGUUGAUGAGCGAUCGGGCAGGGUUUCCGGCAUCGACGUGAUCAAGAUGCUGUGCACAGGGGCUUCCUCCGAAUACGCUGCCCAAAUGUUAAAACGUGUCCUUGAAAGGGACGACCGCGAACCAUCAAUCAAGUCCCGUGUGUCGUACAUCAAGAUCGACGGCUCCGGUAAUAAGUCACCUGUUACCGACUUCAAUACACUGGUGGAGAUUAUUUGGAUGUUGCCCACCGGCUCCUCCCGAGAGUUUCGUCGUAAAUCUGCGGAAACUAUUUGCCGAGUGAUGGGGGGAGAUCUAUCUCUGUGCCGUCAGAUCGAGCAGAACGCGUUGGGGUGGAAUUGUGUCGAAGGGGGGGAAGCCAUCCAACAGGCUUUGCUUAGGCCGGUGAAGUACAAAGAAAACUGUGUGACAGAGAGGGUGAGGGAAUGCGUCGUUAGAGACGCCCUCGCUUCUCUUGUCGGUGGAACAACCGAAGUUGAAACACCUUCGGGAUACAUUGAUGUUUUGAGCGAAACUGAAGUGAUCGAGGUGAAGUACUAUCGGCAGUGGAAGGACGGGCUCGGUCAGGUGCUCGCGUACCAGUCACACUACCCUCGUCUGGCCAGGCGCCUGCACCUUUUUGCACACACCGGAGAUAGAGAUACUGAUAAGUACUGCGAGUUGGCAAAGGCCAUCGCGUUCAAAAGCUCCAGAAAAAAAUCUACUGCCGCGAGUAAAACGAUGGAUAGCCCCGAGAAGAACGAUGCCUAUGCCAAAAUCGGUUUUCAACGGAUUCUGGAAAAACAGCAACAAGAAGCGAACCGCAAGUUCCGCAAGCAAUCCGCCGACACCAUCGCGCGCGUCCUCGGUGGCGAUGUCUCGCUGUGCGCCGAGAUCGAGCAGCGCUGUGCCCGCCUGCAGGUCACCGAGGAGGGCAGGGCGUACCAGUCUUUUAUGACGGGCGAAGCGCCCCCCAAGAAGCACACGUCACUGCCGGAAUGGUUCGAGUACGCCACGAACGACCAGAAGAGCGCUUAUGUAACGGCGGAAGUCAAGAAGAGCGUGGUCGUGACUGAAAUUGAGAUGCACGAGGUGUGUAAGGUUGGCUUGGAGUCGGUCGGUCAGUUCGCGGGGAGGGACAAAAUCGAGUUCGCUGAUAGGAUCCGGGACACGCAGAGGCGCGCGAGCAGGGCUGACAACCUCCUGGGCGCUCCGGCCCCAUCCCCCGCAUCCCCGGAGGACGUUGGACUUACCACUCUCUUGCGAGCCGGAUUCAAUCCGUCGGAUGUUGCCACACUCUCACCGCGCACCAAGGUCACGUACAAAUCCCCCGUGACCUUGAAAAAUGUGUUCGACAGGCCGACCGAGUCGCAGGUUAAGAUUUUCUACCAUUCGCGAAACCACAGCGGGGUACCAUUCAACCGCCUAUCCGACGCCGAGAAGCUCAUCUGGACCGAAUCUCUCCAUGACAACAGCUGUUUGAUGGGAUAUCUCGUCUAUUCGCAGUUGCUCCCAUGUGCCUCCGAGAAUCGCGUUAAGCUCAAGUCAGGAAGCGCGCACUGGAACGAACUGAACGUCUCGACAGACAGGGCAAGACUGGGGCAACGCCGGGCCGCGUACGACAGGCUGCGGAGGAAUGGGUCUACUUUCUCCGCGUUCUACGGGCUCCCUUACAGCGUGGACAUGACCAAAAACGUGUUGGCAUACAUGAAUAUAGAUUUUGAACAGAGCGACUUGAGGCACAGAUUUUUCUUAGGCCGUGAGUUUGCUAUGACGUCUUCAGAGCACGGGAAGAUAAACGCCAGCUCGGUGUACACCUCGUGCUCCAAAGCAUUGUCCCUCAUGUACUUCACCGUUGUCAUUCUGGGGCGACCGUGCUGUCUCGAAUCGGUCAUAUUGCCACUGUCCGUGACGGAACGCUCUGUCUUGGAGCAGACGUGGGGUUGCCCGGGGACGCAUCUUGACGGGCCCAUCAACAAGUUUCAGACGAAUUGGUGCGAGGUUUUCCGUGCGAUCGGCACGCCUCACAGGAACAUCAAUUAUGUGUGUCUGGAGAGGGCCACGGAGGAUUGUUACAUCGGUGGAAAACACGUAGCUGAUUGCUUUGCUUUGUACAAUGCAACUCGUUCAGCUCCGGGGGACGCCAAGACCAUCAAGGGGUUGGUAAAUCACUACAGGCUAAACUCCAAGAUAGGCGUCGAGUCGGGUGCUGUCGUGUGCGUUCUCGACGUGCUAAGGGAAAAGCCCAUGGAAGCCGUCGGCAAGAUCGACGGCUCUGUGCUGGGGGCGAUCACUUCAACCUACGGGAAGAGGGUGAGCCUCGACGUACAGGCGAGGUGCCUCGGUCUGCAAGCGGGCGAGCACUCUCUGUUUGACUGUUCUGUGAGCAACAAGCUAGGGGAGAUCAUCAAUCACGCUGACAUGAAGCUCUGGAAGGCCAGGAAACGACUGAUAGUCGAGCUGAAGGUCAACGACAGCCUGGACCCGGCGGACAUGAACAAGAAGAUCAGCGAAGGCAAAAUGCUCGACCCCUGUGACCCAGCAUCGUCGGAGAAAAUGCACGCAAUGCUUCAGUCGAUAUCGAGGCAAGUUUGGCUACCGCUCAAGACCGUGAUUGGAGAGGCUCUCGGGGUAAGCAUGGAUCACCCAUCCGCGUUCCUACGGAUCUCCGACGAGGAGGCACACCGGCUAUACGAGCACGCCAGCACAAAGGGUAUGGUCUACGCCGAUAUCGCCAACCUUAAUACGCUUCUGGUCUUGAGCAACAGUUUCCAAAGAUCCCAGGUUUUGCGCGAGGCAACGCUGAACGAGUUUGGACUUGUCCCAGACGGUACCUUCUACAGGCAGACUUUCAAGGAUCGUGCGUUCAAAACUGCCGGCGCGUCAAGCGGUUCACCGCCCGUGAGUCACUUCAACCUCUCCCCCGGUCAAUCCAUGAUGGUACAUUUCAUUGCCGUGGUCGGUCACCGCUUCUGCAAUGCGAACAUGAAGGACGAUAAAAGGAAGCUGCUUCUCAAUUCGAAGGGGCAGGGGUAUGUCCAGAGCGACAUUAAGUCGCCUUUCAAAAAGAUUGGGGCGCACUGGCUAGGCCUUCCCAACUUCUGUGUUCACACGUGUAGAACCUUCUGGGCUACGGCCGCCCUGAAUUCGGGCCAGGUCGAUCCCUCCAACAUAGAGGAUUUUGGAAGCUUUUUGCAGGUGUCGAGUUCCACGCUAAGGAGUAGCUACAUGUCGGCUGCUGGUAAUUCGGCGGCUCACACGCUGGGUCACGAGGUCCUGGGGUCGGUAGUGACCUCGGCUACCUCGGGAGAAACAACAGAGCAGGGUGAUGCGCCACAAGGGCCGAAGUUGCGUAGAAUCAGAAUGGAGUUUAUUGGGGAGAUCCGCGCAUCUCUCCUCAAGCACUCGGGCAAUGCCAAACUCUUGUUCCGCGAUCUAGUGAAAAAGCGUAAAGUUGGUCAGCUCGGGGAAGGAGAAAAAUGGUUUCGCAGUGAGAACACGUUCUGGAAAGAUGAUGGAGAAAGGGUGUUUCUGCGUUUCGUAGGAGGGUGUUUGUGA